UCAUUACUCCAGUGCUUUUUAGAAAAGCGGGGAGUUAAGACGAACUGGCUUUGCGACAGAUGCUGCUUUCGUGUAGGGGCCAGGGAUUUGAAGCGAACGCUGUAACUGCCUUUACUAUCUCUACUUGGAAAGAACUUAGUGAUAAGCUCUUUACUGCUGACUCUAAGGGAGAAAAAGUUGCUGCUUCCCUCCUUACAACUUGGCGAUUGUUAUCUGGAACAGUAGAAGACAUUAAAGCACAGUUUGAGGACAUUAGAAUGCUACUAGAUACCAUCAUACGGAGAAAUCGUGCAAAAAGGGAGUCGAGCGGAGUUAAAGGGAGCCGGAGCGGGACCAGAGAUCACGGAGCGGGGCCGGGGACGACCGAGCGGCCCCGGCAAAAUGAACGCGGUGCUGGCGUCUCGGCAGUGCAUAUCCAGGACGAUCGGAGACGACGGCUGCGGCGUGAAAGUACUGCUGAUGGACCGGGGAUGAACUUUACGAGCACUAUGACUGAGUUCCACCUUAAGACAUUUCCAGCUUUUCAUCUGAACUGUGCUGCGGGACUGCGCCGCGCAUUUGUGGCUGUGUUCACGGCGCUGGGUGCCUGCGCCGCCGUGCUGAGCGAACGCGCCCGCGCGCGUGCACGCCGGCGGCCCCGGGCGCGGCGGGCGGCGGGGGGGCUCUGUUUCCCCCGCACUGCUGACAGCCAUGGUCCCAAGAGGUGUAGGUUCCCCUCCCCUUCUUUACAGCGAAUGUUUUUUCCCUAGUGCCGCUCCUCUUCCUAGAGCGGCGAGUUGAUAACGGUAGCAACGGCUUUGGAAGUGCAGUCGGGGGAGGGGGGAAGCUGUUUCUCUUUUUUCCUCGUUACACCAAUCACCCCCUCUCUGAAACGUGCCUGUUUGCAGCUGUUUUCUCUCUCUCCUAUGUUUUUGUCUUUUCUUAAGCAGACCCUGUGAUUAAGUUAAGUUCCUUCUGCUGAUUUUCUCUGAGUGAGCCCGGCCCCUCCUCCUCCUCCUUCGUCCUUCAGCAAUGAGGGGCGUGGGGGGGCAAAGACGGUAAAACACGGAAAAAAGG